AUGGAUAGAUCGGAUAGGGUAGAUUAUUAAUUUUAUGGAUUUCAUCCAUAUGAUAAGCAAGAUAGCAAAGAAGAGUUUAUUUAGUAUUUCAAUUCGCGUUGUGAAUGGAUUAUGAAUUAAAAUAGUGAUGAACUGAAAAAUUAAUUUAUUCAGCUUGAAGAAUAUUUAAGUUUCAUCAAUAGUUACAAUCAGACAAAAAAAGUAAUGAAAAAGGAAUUAAAUAAAAUUGAAAAAAUUUAAGUUAAACCUUAAAAAGUUAAUGAGGAUCUAUCAUAAUAAGAGAAAAAUGAUAGUAAAGAAAGUUCAAGAUAUGAAGAAGUAUACUAGUAUUAUGAAGUAAUUGAAGAAUAUUUGAAGCAAGAAAAGCAGGAAGUUAUAAUAGAAAAACAUAAAUAAAAUGAAGAAUUGGAAUAAAAGGACUUAAUUAAAAGAAAAAUUAAAAAUCUCAAAGAAACCGCUUUUAAAAAGGCUUGGUAGAUUCUUUACUUCAACCCAUUAUCUGUUUCUGCAAAAUAGUGUUUCAUUCAUCUUUAAUUGCACUAGUAUUAUUUGGAGUGGCUUGAGUUUGUUUUUAAAGAAAUAAAGAAAUCUGGUGAAAUAAAUGAGUGUACUAUAUACAUGAAUGACUUAAAUUUGUAAGAUCAUAUAGUUUAAAAUAUAAGCGAUCAUUUAUUUGAUGAGAUAAAUGGAUGCGAUAGUUUAAUAGUAUAUAAGCUAAUUCUCAAAAAUAAUAAAUUAAAUCAUAUAAAUAAUCUUCUUCGUUUGUUUCCCCCAAAAUUUACUCAUUUAACACUUGAGUUGUAAAAUAACUAGCUCCUUGAUUGUUCUUUCGCUUAAUUCUUAAUUUUUGGGAAUAUCUAAAUUCUAACUCUCUACAUUGAUAAUAAUCCUACAUUAACGGCAAAAUGCUUGACCAAUUUGGCAAAUAACAUACACAAAAAUUUAGAAGUAGAACUUUUCAUCUGUGAAACUCUUUAUCAGAAUGAUGCAAUCAUAGAUUUUGUUGGUAAAUGCCAUUCGCUAAAAAUAAAUGAUAAGUAGCUUAUUUACAAUAACUCGUUUCUACUUGAAAUCUAAUUAGAAAAUGUGAACGAAAGCUAAUUCCAAAAACUAAUGGCUAUAAUUGUUAAUAACAUAAAUUUUGAUUAGCAAAGCCAGCAACACCCAGUUAGUAUGCAAGAUAAGUUAUUUACUUUUUCGAGUAGAUAAAACUUCACAAGUAAAAAUCAAAAAAGUACAUAAUUGAUCAACUUAGAAGAAGAUAACAAGGAUAGACGAAACUAGUAAGGUAGCUAGCCAUAGUCCUCUAGCCAUGUAGGUUAAACCAAGAAUAAGUCUUAAAUAGACUUAGAAACGAAUAAAAAAGAUAUUCAAAGUAAUGAAAUUUUAGAAAAAGGGAAACCUGUUUCUAAUGAAGAAUAAAAAGAGGAUGAUGAAGAAGAAGAUGAUUUAGAGUUGACAGAGAAAAAAGAUAUCAUUCUACAAAUAAAUGGCAUAAAAAUCCUUGAUACUUCAGAAGAUUCUCAAUUAAUAAUGAACUUGAGUUAAUUUGAAAUGAGCAUAUUUGAUGAUAGAAAUCUCUAUUAAAUGAUAAGUUAGCUCCCUAAGAUACCUACAAACCUCUAAGUAAAAAACUAUAAUGACAUGCAAAAAAAAGAUAAGUAAAUAAUAAAAUUAAUUCUAUCAAGAAGAGAAAACAUUAUUACAAUUAAUGAAAAAACAUACGAUAUGAAGACUUUUGUUAUAAAUCUUUCUCAUUUUACUGAGGUUGAGCAUGAGUUGGUCUUCUUGAUUUAAAAUCUUUAGCAAAAUACCUCUAUUGAAAAUUUGGAAGUUUAAAUCACCUCCUCUUCAGAUAAUGCAGACAUUAUUCUCAACAAUCUGAUCAAAUAUUAUGACAGCUUAGAAUCUCCUAAACUCAAAGAACUAAAAAUAUCUACCGAUAUUACCUAAGAUUUGUUUUUGAUUUAAAACUUAAACAGAAAAUAUACACUUGCUGUAAAUUCAUAAUUGCCAUUAUAUAGAAAGCUCUCUGAUAAUAUUAUUAGAGUAGACAGCGUGGCUUAUCAAUAAGGAUAAAGUAAAUAAUUUAAUUUACAAUGA